AUGCCUCGAGGUCAGCAAAGUAAGCUCAUUGCACGAGAGAAGCGCCGCCAGGCUCGUUGUCAUACCCGGAUUUGUAGGUGUGCUGAAGAAAUAUUAAUGAUAGCUGAAGAAUGUGCUACAUCCUCCAUGAUGCCCAUAGCUGAGUCAUGUAGCACUCCUCAAGGAGUUAGGGAAACCCCGUCGGCUGGAGCUACUGCUGGUGCUGUUUCAACACCCCUAUCUACUGGCCAUACUGAUGAAGGUAUUUCUGCUACAACAUCUUCUGCCUCUAAUGAUGGAUGGGUCUCUGCAGCACCUCAUUUGGCUCCUACUGAUGAGGGUGUUUCUCAAGUAUCAUCUGCACUGUCAUCAGAUGAGGCUGUUUCUGCAGCAUUGUCUACUGCUGCUAUUGCCAUAGGUGCAUCUGGCAGUAAAAUCCAAGAAGAAGUUCAAGAAACCCCUUCUGAGAAAUCUUGCUAUACAGAGUUUUCACACCUACAUCUUGUCUCCAGAGAGGUUGGGUUCCUGGAGAAGUUCAUACUCUCAAAGUUUAAUCUGAAGAAGCUCACUACCAAGGAAGAAAUGUUGAAUAUCAUUGACUCAGACUGUAAAAUGGAUUUUGAGGAGAUCUUCAGGAAAGCCUGUGAGCACCUCUCUGCUGUCUUUGCAGUUGAAGUGAGAGAAGUGAGCCCUGACACAUAUAAUCUUGUGACCAAAUUGAAACUCCCCAACAAUGGGAGAGUACGUCCUGGCAAAGGCUACCCCAAGGCUGGUUUUGUGAUGAAUCUCCUAGGUAUGAUAUUAUUGAAGGGUAACUGUGUCAAUGAGGAAGACAUCUGGAAAUUCCUAAAGUUGAUGCAAGUAUACCCUGGGAAGAAGCACUAUGCCUUUGGAGAGCCCAAGAAACUCAUCAUGAAAGAUUUGGUGAGGCUGAAGUACCUAGAGUCCCGGCAGGUGCCCAACAGUGAUCCUCCACGCUAUGAGUUCCUGUGGGGUCCUCAAGCCUAUGCUGAAACUAACGAGAUGGAAGUCUUCAAGUUUUUGGCAAAGAUUAAUGAACUUGCUCCUUCUUUCUUUGCUUCUAUUUGUGAAGAUUCUGAGAAUGAUUAG